AUGGAUCAAUUGAGGACCCAAACUAUCAACCAACUCCCAUCAGGUGCCGCCCUAAUCAAGAGAGAGCUUUGUUACACUAUAUGUUUCAUCUUCAUCUUGAUCUCCUCCAUCAUUGCUUUGAACCUCGGCAGCUCUUCCAGAUCACUCCCUUUGUUCCGUUUCGAUCAUUUCUUCCCUCGAAAACUGCCGCCGCCCUUUCCUCAUACACAUCCCUUGCGAGCUUGCGAUUAUUCUUACGGGAAAUGGGUUCGUGUCGACAAGAAGAAUCCGGUUCUGUUGUAUGACGAGGACUGCCCGUUUCUCGAUCCCGGUUUCCGGUGUCAUCGGAACGGAAGAAAAGACAUCGAGUUUCUGAAAUGGAGAUGGCAACCUCAUGGCUGUUAUCUUCCUAGAUUCAAUGCUAGCGAUUUCUUGGAACGGAGUCGAAACGGACGGAUAGUGUUUGCAGGUGAUUCAAUGGGAAGAAACCAAUGGGAGUCACUGCUUUGCAUGUUAGCUCAGGCAGUUUCAAACAAGUCUACAAUCUUCGAAGUAAAUGGAAGCCCUAUAACGAAACACAAGGGGUUUCUUUCCAUGAAGUUUCAAGAUUACAACCUCACCGUCGAGUACUACAGAACACCUUUCUUAGCCGUGCUCGGUCGGCGACCGAUAACCACACCACCUCAAGUUAAGCUGAUCGUUAAGGUAGACCAGUUGCAUUGGCGUUCUAAACAGUGGAAAGGAGCCAAUGUCAUAGUCCUCAAUACAGGUCACUGGUGGAACAAAGAGAAAAUCGCUAAGAUGGGUUGCUAUUUUCAGGAAGGUGGGACAAUAAACAUGACAAUGGAUGUGAUGGAAGGUUUUCGAAGGUUUAUCAAAACAUUGGUGUCAUGGACAACCAAGAACUUAAACCCAGAAAUCAGCCACGUUUUUAUCCGGAACCAUUCACCCAUUCAUUACAUGAAUGGUACAUGGGAUGAUGGGGGAGUGUGUGAUGCAGCAACUGAACCAGAACAAGACUACAAAAAGCUUCGACCUGAGUCAUGGAAUAAUCAGUACAUUGCUAAUGCAAUCAAAGAAAUCAACAACUCCAAGGUCCGAUUGUUAAACAUUACAUAUCUGACAGGGUUUAGAAAAGAUGGUCACCCUUCAAAGUACCGUGAACCAGGGACUCCUGUUGGUGCACCACAAGAUUGUAGCCAUUGGUGCUUGCCUGGUAUACCGGACACAUGGAAUGAGAUUCUCUAUGCUCAAUUACUGUCAAUGGAAUUUCGAACCAAAUGA